AUGUCGUUGAAGUAAACCCAGAAAUAGCCCCGUUUGGUACUGUCCUGAGGAGACAGUCCAGGACAAGGCUAACCAAAUAGUCGAAAUCGUAGUUGCUUUUAUUAUUAUUUUUGUAUUCUCUGUGAUACUGCCGAUUGCAGGUGACAGGAUGCACAGCCACUGGGCUAGGACAGUGCAGCAAGUUAACGGCAGCUAUUAUAUACUGGGUUUCCUAAUUUAGAAAGCUGAAUUAGCUCCCAUGUGUUGUACCUUGCAUUCUUGUUUUGUUAUCAAACUAAACUGCAAUUUAGCGAUACGGUAUUGGGCAUUAGAAAGCAGCACUGUAAACGGUUAAAGUAGUUAUAGUCCCUAUAUGUUGUGGAUGAACCUGACACACACAGCGGUGGGUAGUAUGAACACUCCUGUGCUAGUAAACACUAGUAAGUAGAUCUGUAUGUUGGAGCACGAGCCUAUCAGCAAAAGUUCAACUUAAGGCGUAGCGCUCUGUGACGUCACCUCGGCGCAUCCAACUGCAGAGAACCAAGACCGCAAAGAAAAUGGAGGAGAAACUGAUUUUGCUGUGUGCGUGUGUUUAGCUGCAUCUAUAUCCAACCUGAUAAAUUUAACAAGUCAGUGUCAUGCCAGUCCCAGCUAUGGCAGAGCUUCUUGUUGACCACCAGAAACAGUUUCAGGCUGCUGUGGAAGUCAUCCAUAAUCUCCCCAAAAAUGGUUCCUACAAACCAUCCUAUGAUGUGAUGCUGCGUUUCUAUAGUCUGUACAAGCAGGCAGUCUGUGGGCCCUGUACAAUGCCACGACCUGGCUUCUGGGAUCCAGUGGGGCGCUACAAAUGGGAUGCCUGGAGCCGUCUGGGAGAGAUGAGCAGUGAGAGUGCCAUGGCAGCGUACGUGGAUGAGAUGAAGAGAGUAGCUCAGGAGCAGGUCAUCAACACCAUGCCCAUGAAUGAGAAGACAGCCUCACUCUUCCAAUACUUUGAGCCUCUCUACCUGGUAAUUGAUGACAUGCCACGGCCUCCAGGGUCACUUCUCAUGCUCAGAGAAGGUCUUAAAGGCUACAAGGAUCCUGACAGGCCAGCACAGAAGGAUGAGGAGCAGGAGAGGCCCAAGGAGGAUUCUUCUCUUCCAGAGAAUCCAGAUCAGGAGUUCAACCUUUCUGAGGUUACUGCCAACACUAUACCGAAUGACUCUGGAGUGUCUGAGGGUUUGGUGCCGACCAGCGACUCGGAGAGCGAGGUCUUCUGUGACUCUGUCGAUUCAGUGGAGCAACUCAGCAACAUCAAGAUUUCAGUAGUCAAGUCCAAUAGUUUUCAAAACGGCCACGUGUCCAUGGAAUCAUCUGUCCAUCUGGAGGCCCGACAGGUCGGAGCGGGUCAAGGUGGAGAGGGAGCCGAAGAUGGAAAGGGUCAGGGUCACAUCAGGAGGAGCCGAGACAGGGGAGGGGAAGGGUCCUACCACAACUGGAGAGAACGUGAUAUUCCUCAGGGCAGUCCAAGGCGGGCGGCCCUGAGUGGUAGUGGUGGGGCUGGUCGAGGUGGAGGAGAUGGUUCCGAGGUUGGGGCAGAGAGGCCCUAUGACACCCAGCUGCAGCAGCAGAUCAUCCUGGUCCUACAGAGGCUCAGGGAGGACAUGAGGAGUGUGAUGGACAGGCUGGAGGUGGUGGAGAGGCUUGCUGCCACAUAUGCCCAAGGUUCAGAGUGGAGACCCUGUCUCCAGUGUGCAGCCACAGCUUCACAACAACAGGAGGAGAGGUACUGGCCAUUUGACGUGUCGGGUCCAACUGUCCUCCUCUUCCUGUUAUGGCCGUUUGUUGCUCAGGCUCUGGUCUACUUGUUGAAGAAAACCCAGAGGAGAGAUCACAUAUCUUCAUGAACCAAGCUGAAAAUUCACCCGCAGUGAUCCAUCUGUGCAAGAAGUUUCAUUUCUGGAAUAGGAAUUGAGGAGAAAGCUUCAUUCUUCCUCGGUCUGUGGAAGAGAGGUUUGUUGGUCGUGGCUGUUUGGAGACAAGUGUAUCUGGCUGUGUUUUAGACAUCAGGAUCCAGAAUGUUUCUCUCAUUACAGCAAACGAAUUUUUAAUUAUUUAGAUGAGUCCAUCAGCUGGGUCCAUCAGGAAUCGGGUGCUCAACGUGAUAUAGUUAUUUAUUAAAUCUCCUUAAAACUGCUUGUAGUGAUCAUGAGGACCCUGAAUUAAAUACAAGACUAUAUUAUUAGGUUAUCCAAGUUGUUCACAUAUAAUGCACAUUAUUACUUUUCCUUCUGUUUUUGAGAUAUGAUAAGCUCUGCCUUUCUAAUGCAGAAUAUUAUCAAACUAUUUGUCAAAAACAGCAGUAUCUGCCCUUUAAGUAGCAGUAAGAACACAGUCUCUGAAAUGUCCAUUAACUACAAUAUUACACUGCACUGUGAAUGACAAAGGAACAGACUGGACAUGAUUUGUCAGAUGGCUGCGAGCUGCUCUGUACUGGCUGAGAAUGUGGCUGCACUUGUCCUUUCACAGUAAUCUUUAGGCUCUGAUUGUUUACCUCUAACUAUUUGUCAGUCUUACCUUGAAAUUAUGUUUGUUUGUACAGUAAUUAAAAUAAUAAUUUGUAGAUCCAGUGUCAUUGUCAACAAAAUCACAUGGGUAUGUUACAUGUGUAACUUUCACCUACUGUGACUCCAGAUACAACAGGAUAAUAAAGUACACUGAGGAGGGAAAUGUAAUUAAAGACUGUAAAGGAAGUGUCUUUCUCAGUUUGGAUGGAGGAUGAAGGCAUGGACCGGUGUUCAAACACUUUAGCUGAUGAGAGCAAUAGGAUCACAUAAGAAAAUUCUGAGCUCUGAACAAAACAAACCAAAUUAAAUCAAGUCUACCCG